UGCCCGCUUAAGGACGUCGUCCAAUGGUAGGAAGGUCACUGCAAUUUCCACGUCCACGAUGAUCGGCCGCCUUCACCUCCGCGCCUUGGCCCCGAUGGCCCGCGCCUGCAAGACCAGCAUGGCUCCGUCGACCCGCGCCAUGAUGGCCGCUCCGUGGAGCGCCCGUAGCAUGUCUACGGACAAGAUCACUUUUACCUUUAUCGAAGCCGACGGUGCCAAGAAGGACGUCACAACCGCGGUCGGCGAGACCAUCUUGGACAUUGCCCACGCCAACGACAUUGAGCUCGAGGGCGCUUGCGGCGGCGAGCUGGCGUGCUCGACGUGCCAUUGCGUCUUUGAUCCGACGAUCUUUGCGACGUUGCCCGCGAUCUGCGAAGAGGAAGAAGACAUGCUCGACCUGGCAUGGGGCUUGACCGAUACGUCGCGCCUCGGUUGCCAGGUCAAGGUCACAAAGGACAUGGACAAGAUGGUCGUCAAGAUCCCGGACGAGAGCAACAACAUGAUGUAAUAGAGCGCUCUCGCCAUCCUAAUCGUCGUCGUCCACCAAUUCUGUCGCACCACCAAGCAUGCGCUGCACGACGUGUGUGUUACUGAUGAUUAAUGCAGUAAAUCAUGCAUGAUGCGUUCAAAC